GAGAAAAAAAACAUGGCGCUCCCCUUGGAAUAGCAAAAGUAAGCGAGUUGUGUGAAUAAUAGAAACAUAAAAACGAGAUUUCUCUCGUAUGCAAGUUCGUCAAUCAAACAUUUCUUUGGACGUAACGUUGGAGGGAAAUAAAGCACAAAGGAUGCCUUCCUUCCGGCAAGUCGGAGAGAAGCAGCUUCCCAACCCCGUGCUGUGCAUGGCAUGGUCGCCCAAAAGAGAUCUCAUCGCUUUGGCCAGUACAACUGGAGAAUUGCUGCUGCACCGCUUAGCCAGUUUCCAGCGGGUUUGGAGCUUGGCACCCAGCGAGCACAUCGGGAAGGAAAUCACUGCACUCGCCUGGAGACCUGAUGGCAAAAUUCUGGCUUUCAGCCUUGGAGACACCAAGCAGGUGGUGUUGUGCAGUGUGGAGAAAGCGGAGAUCCUGCAUGUGUUCCACAUGCAAAACCCCGUCAGCUGCAUGCACUGGAUGGAGGUGACGGAGGAAAGCAGUGUCCUUGGAUCCUUUUGUCAGUCAGAGGAUGAAUCCAAAUUGUUCCUCCCCAAAUUAGCUUCCCUCCCCAAGAGCUACAGCACAACAUCAAAGCUCUUCAGUGAGGAGAAGUCUGACGAGAUCAUGAACCUCCUCGGAGAAGUCAGGUUGAACAUACUCGUCCUCGGAGGAGACGCCGGCCAUGUGGAGCUUUACGCCUACGGAAUGUACAAGAUUGCAACGUUACCCCAAGUUUCCGGAAGCUGCCGCACCGUAAGUCUGGCCAGUGACCUCAAGUCUUUGGCCGUCAUCACCGAGGUGAAGUCUGCCGAGGACCACGUGGAGAUUUGCUUCGUUCAGCUGGACACUGGCCUGCUGUCCGACUGCCUUCCCGAACUCACCAGGAUGGCUCGCAAGUUCACCCACAUCUCCACGCUGCUGCAGUACCUUCACCUGUCGCUCACGUGUAUGUGCGAGGCCUGGGAAGAAAUCCUCAUGCAGAUGGACCUCCGACUCACCAAGUUUGUCCAGGAAAAGAACACAAGCACGCAGGUACAGGACGAGUUCCUGGAGCUUCUUCUGUGGGGACAGUCGAGUCCUGAACUGCAGGCUCUUCUCAUGAACCAGCUGACUGUCAAGGGUCUGAAGAAGCUGGGCCAGACCAUCGAGUCAUCUUACUCCAGCAUCCAGAAGCUGGUGAUCAGCCAUCUGCAGAGCGGCUCCGAGGCGCUGCUCUACCACCUAAGCGAGGUGAAAGGCAUGUCCCUGUGGAAGAAGAAGUUCCAGCCCCUCGGCCUGGAUUCGACCGCCAUCGAAGACGCCAUCACGGCCGUGGGCUCCUUUUCCUUAAAGACCAGCGAGCUCCUGCAGGUGAUCGACAAGAGCAUGAAGAACUUUAAAGCCUUUUUCCGCUGGCUGUAUGUGGCGAUGCUUAGAAUGUGCGAUGAGCACGUCCCUCCGGAACUCAACAAGAUGACACAGAAGGACAUCGCCUUUGUCGCCGAUUUCCUCUCGGAGCAUUUUAGCAAGAACGAGCAGCUCUUCGAUCGCAAGGGGAAGUACUUCAAUGUCGAGCGGGUCGGGCAGUACCUGAAGGAUGAGGACGAGGACCUGGUCUCGCCCCCGAGUACGAAGGACAACCAGUGGCUCAAGUUUUUGCAAGACAGCACGCACCUAAGAGAGAGCCCGCUGCUGUUUCCUUCCUUUCCCCAAAAGUCUUUGCAUUAUGUCAAGCGGAUGAUGGAGAACGUCAUCGAGCUGUGUCUGCAGAAACCGGCGGAAGUUAUCGGGAAGUCUGUGAAGCAGGCUACUUUUCUGCCCUUGUAUUCAGCACCACAGCGCUCUGAAAACACGCCGCGACUUUUUGAGCUUCCAUCCUUGUGGAAUGAUAAGAAGACCAAAAUGCACUACGUGGUGUUUUGCAUGCCGCACGUUUUGCCGCACAAACUCUUCUUGCUGCGCAAAGCAAGUGACCCAAACAGACACAUCCCCAACAGUGUGGCGUCCCUCCACCUGAGCCGCCAUCUCGACGUCGAGAACGCAGAGCAACGGCCGCGGGAUGUCUACAGCUGCCUGGAUGCUCGUUACUACAACGACGAGAUGCUGACCGUGGUCCUUCAGGGAACAGAAGAAGACAACAGUCGCAGUGUCCUGGCGCAGGUUCCUCUCUCUUCCAUCCUCGACUGUGAGAGGGGAUUCAACUGGAUGCCCAACAUGAGGUUGGACCAGCAGAGCGGCAACAUUCCCUGCCAAGGCCCGAUGCUGGGUAAUCAGAGGCGGGAACUGGAUGGCAUGAAGGCGCAGUUUGUCGCAGUCAACGGCAUCCGAGAAGUAGCCUGUGUGCUCAGCGAAAAUCUGAGGCACCUCCGCGUCUUUGAGAUGGACAUGGAAGAGGAGGACGACGAGCCGCAGAACGACACCGCCGAGCCGGAUACGCUUGACGCCACCAUGAGCAGCCAGGGAGACGAGAAUGCUGAGGGUGGAAACGAUGAAGCGGGGAUAACCGAGGAGCACUUGGAGUCAGAGGAAACAUCUGAACUGUAGAUGGACUUGUUUACUUGCUUUUGUUACUUUUUCAUAAAAAGUAAAACAAAAAAUGCAGCAGUUAUUGUCUUCAAAUAAAGAUGUACGUGCUUA